AUGGAUAGGUUUGACUAUAUUAAUCGUAUGACAGAGGUAUUAAGUGACGCCUCCACUUAUAAGAAGGUGGAUAAGAAUCCCAUUAAACAGAUCACAACUAAGAUUAACCAACUCGUGAAGUCGUGGCAUGACAAUGACAUCAUUGAUUAUCAAAUCUUCAAACAGUUACAUUGUACGAAUGGAAAUCUUCCUCGUUGUUACGGCCUGCCGAAGAUACACAAAACCGGGUUUCCUAUGCGUGUCAUUGUGUCAGCAAUAGGCAGUCCCCUCUAUAAUGUCGCGCGCUUUAUACAUGAGAUUUUGCAUAACUCUAUCCCCAAACCACGAUCUCAUGUAAGGGAUGGUUGGUCGUUUGUAAAAGGAAUUACGAAUGUGAGGAUUGACUCUGACGAAGUCCUUGUGUCUCUUGAUGUCACAGCAUUGUUCACCAACAUCCCGAACGAGUUGGUGUAUGAGUCGGUGAGAAAAAGAUGGCAUUAUAUCUCACAAAAUACUGAGCUCAGUUUGUCCCAGUUCCUCCAUGUCAUAGAAUUGAUUUUACAUUCCACUAGCUUUUGUUUCGAUGGCCAGUUCUAUGAGCAGAUCUAUGGUAGUCCCAUGGGAUCUCCCCUCUCUCCAAUAUUGGCUGAUAUGGUCAUGGAGGAUCUUGAGACUCACUGUUUAAGUUUAUUGGACUUCGAUGUUCGUAUCUACCUUCGCUAUGUAGAUGACAUUUUUACCAUAGUGCCGAAACGAGCUAUAAAUGCUUUAUUGGAAGCGUUCAAUAGUUACCACCCACGGUUGCGUUUCACCUACGAAAUUGAAACUGAUAAUUCGCUGCCGUUUCUAGAUACUAUUGUGAUCAGGGACGGUGACGAGCGUUUCCAUCACGCCAACAUUAAUAUUAUUAAAGAUAUCCUUGUGGAUAAUAGCUUCCCGAUUAAGUUGGUUAAUAAGCAUAUUAACAAUAGAUUGCGACAAUUAGAGAAUAGAAGGGACUUGAGCGCUAACAAUUCCGAACGCGACAGCACGUUUGACGCACGCAGAUGUGUGGUGAUCCCUUACGUGAAGGGCUUAAGCGCGGGCAUAUACGGGGUACUCUUGAGAAAGUCCGCUGUGACGAGAGGCAAGGACAGAUUAGCGACUAACAAGGAAACUAAUGUAGUUUACAAAAUUGAUUGCGAGAAUUGCGACGCGUCCUACAUUGGCCAGACGAAGAGACAUCUUGAAACAAGAGUGAAGGAACAUUUCAGCGAUAUCAAAAAACAUGACAGCAAUUUCUCUGUC